AUGGAGCCCGCUACCGAUCCCGCGCCUCACCAGCCCUCUCCCUCAUCGCGAUCCCGCUCCUCCAACAAUGCCAGCUCCUCGUCGUCUUCUUCUUCUUCUUCUUCUUCUUCUUCGCCCGCAACCUAUGGCUACCACAACACCUACCACACCCACGCACAAUUACCCAUUGGAUCACCGCCACCCUAUGCUCACGCAAUUGAUCCAAAAGUUCUGCAGCACUUGGACAGGAGAACGCAAGAUGAAGUCGUCACCGCCCACACCACCCCUCUGCCACCGCCUUACAGCUGCUCCGUAGAGAUGGAAGGCAUCGUCGGGAUCAAGCAAGAGCUGGUGUCUCCCUUCCAAGUGUCGGCCCAUCGCGAGUGGUGCGAUGCCUAUGCAGUACUCCGAGGCACGCAACUGAGCAUCUACCGCCUCAAGAACCCAACCCUCUUCAGCAGGAACCAAAACCCCACCAAAGGAAAACUCCUGCGAACCUACAGCCUGCAGCACUCCGAGGUUGGCGUGGCUGCAGAUCUCAAAAAGACUCCCAUUAUACCCAAAUCGCCGUUUGCGCACCUGGUGCCCGCCUCGGCUCGACCCAAGCUGUACGAGACGGAUCCCCACAUGUUUGAACCUGUGCGCGAACAUGCCAUCCGGCUGCGAUUGGAGCUCGAGCAAUUCCUGAUAUGUCCUGGGAACGAAGAAGACAUGCUGGAUUGGAUCGAGGCCCUCACCGCAGCCAUUGACAUCAGCCCUCCCUUGGAAGACCGCAGCGAGCCCCGCUACCGCAGCCUACCGCGAAGAAACCGACGGCAGCGUGUCUUGGACGGGCCUUCAUUCGGCGAGAACCUCGAGCAGCUUUCCGAUGCGGAAGCGGGUCGACGCAUCAUCGCACAGCAAGAACAAAUCAUCCGCACCCUCUACCCCCAUCUCGCAGCCUCAACCCGGGAGCCAGGAACCAGCCACUCGUCUCCGGCAGGCGAGAAUGAACUCGACGAAUUCGACCCAGAAGACGUCCGCUUUCCCUCCCGACCGGCACACGACUCGCCAAGGCAACCCUCCUCGCACGACCAAGACCAACAGCCACAAUCCGAAGACGAGCAAGUGGCUGGCUCCUCCGACCCCAAGAAUGCACCCCGCAUCCGGCACUCGCACGCCCAGACCCUACGCUACCGCCGCCGUUGCGCACCCGUCCUCCUCGCCUCGUCCCCCCGCGUCAGCGACGUCAUCUUCUGUCAAGGCCAACGCGUCCGCAUCAGCGUCAAGGAAUCCUGUCUCGUAGAAUACACACCCCACCCACCCCGUUACGAUGCCCACCCGUUCCCAAAAUACAAAUCCAAGCGGCCUUUGCGCGUCUCCACCACUCGCACGUCCGCUCGCACAGCGGAAGCAGCAGCAGCGGCGGCGGCGGCGGCGACAACGACGACGGUGACGGAAAAAUCAACACCCCCCACCACAGCCAUGGCACCUGCUACCACCAGCACCACCACAAUCUAUCGUCCCGGCUCCCCCGUGCGCGGCAUCAGCGACGACUCCAUCAGCUCCAUUUCAUUUGGCGAGGAUCUCGCGCCCGCACGGUCAGAAUCGCAGGCCGAAGACAGCGAAGUCGCAAGUUCAGGACCGCCAUCACCAAAAGGACUCAAACACGUCCAGGCGGAUACAGCGAGGCAGUUGGAGCGAAUGGGGAAGAGGAGGGCGAGUGUGGAGGGGAGGGAGGAGGAAAGGGAGUUACGGGGUGUAGUUUUGGGUGAAGGGAUAGCGAUUUGA